AUGGGCGGUUGUCGUUGUUUCUUUCGUCAUUGCCGAGACGCAGAACGCAGCAAGCAAUGGAUCGCAUACGGAAAAUUAGAAUAUAUGUUGGAAUAUCCCGCUUCGAAACAGAAAAACGUCAUCGUUUGUGCCAGGCAUUUUCGGGAUGAGUGCUUUAUGAAUUAUAAAAAAGAUCGUUUGUCACAAAGAGCUGUUCCGACAAUUUCCCGUCUCUCCAAGGAUAAGGCAUUAGAUUAUGAGCUGGAUUUGGAAAAUGGUGUUCUAAUAACUCUGCCGGAAACACAAAUGAAACAUUUAAUACCACCCGAGGGAUUUGAGUGUACCUUAGGUUUGGAAAACGACGAAAACGUUUUGGAAAAGUUGAGGGAACUUGAAAACCCCGUCGAUUGUGAUGAAAUCAAAGUCUUAAAUGGAGAUAUGUUUGCAAAAGUAACUGAGAACGAGUUUGAGAGUAAUAUAUCAACAAGUCCUGUAACCCUUAACCGUUCACUUAUUAAGAGACCGCUGAAAGUUAUAAGAAAUGAUGAAGAAGUUGAGCCCAGUUGUAGCAAGAAGAUCAGAAUUGAUCAAGUGCCAUUACCUCAGGGAACAAUCAUUGAACUAGAAUCUCCCACAAUAAUUAACCAUCAAAUAAUUGGGGCUGAUGGUAAUGUGUGGAUUGAACAUGAAUCGUAUAAUAUUGCCGAAACCAACAAUGAUGGGGAUUUUGAAUUCAUUGAAGUUCAAUCAAUUUUAACAAAUGUCUGUAGGGAGGAAGAGGCGGAAACAAACAAUUCAUUAGCGACUGUCAAAGCCAAUGAUGAAAUAUUAAAUAAUUUGCACCUGGAGUUGAAUCUAAUCAAAAAAGAAAAUGCCACAUUAAAGGAAGAACUGGAAAGAUCACGUAAUUCUUUCGAAGAAGAUAAUCGCAAACUAAAGGAGAAAUACGAACAAGAAAUUGAAAAUAAAUACGCUAGAUAUUGCGAUGAAAUCGAAUCCUUAAGAACUAAUUUAGAUUUUAUGGAAAAAGAGAAUGCAAAGAACAAAAAGAAAAUAGAAAAUAUUCAAAAGUUAUCUCAAGUCUCGGCGGGAAAACUAAAAGAACAAUAUGAACAACAAAUGGAAAAUGAAAGAGCUAAAUAUGUAUCAAAGGAAAAUAAGCUAUUGGAACGUAUCAAAUCAUUGCAGGAUGAUUUGGAAACGGCAAGAACUGAAUUAUUGGAAACUAAACAUAAUAUUGAAAGUGUAACAAAAGACCUGGAGAAUUCACAAACUAGAAAUAGGCAAUUGAUUGAAAAACAACUUCGAAAUGAACUUUUAGAGCAAGGUUUAAAACAAAAACACGAUGAGUUGGAUGUAAAAUAUCAACUUUUACUAAAAAGUCAUGAAGAGUUGCAAAAAUCCAAUAUCAAACUGAAAGAUGAUUGCACAAAAUUAGAAAAUCAAUUGCAAAAUCAGGUUUCAACCAUUACCACUACAGAUCCACAGCCGCCCGCAGUGGCUAAACCACCAACUACUCCAUCUGCCAGCACAUUAACCAAGGCUCAACUAUUCAACGGUAUUAAACGUUAUAUCAGCUCUUCAAUGAUGGCCUUGUUACGUAUGGAAAUGUUUGGAAAUUCCGAUAGAGAGUGGAAAACAGAUGAACGACAAGUGGCCGUGGAUAUCUUACGUUUGGGCGAGAAUGUCUAUAAGUACUUUACAGAUGAAUGGCGUUUUCGUUUACCUGGUUUGCGAGAUGCAAAAACUUGGCUUAGUCAGUCUGUACAAUUGGAUGACGAGGAAGAUCUAUGA